AUGCUUACUACUGGGUCCAUGCAACAACAUUCUUGUCCACUUUCAUUCAUAAAUAAAUCAACUUUCUUAGAAGCCAUAUUUGAUGACUAUAACCGUGACGUAGCGCGCACUCCCUGGACAUUCUUUCUCUUUUCUUCUCUCUCUUCUUCUUCUUACAUAUCCGUUUUCUUUCUUUUACACUUAAUUCAUCUAUUCUUUCUUUCAUUCAUUCUUCUGUUUUCUUUUCUUUCUUUCUUUCUUUCUUUCUUUCUUUCUUGCUUAUUCUUUCUUAUAAUCUAUCUAUCUAUCUAUCUAUCUAUCUAUCUAUCUAUCUAUCUAUCUAUCUAUCUAUAUAGUUUUAACAAAUUAUCCUGCCUCUCUUUUUCUUUUGUUUUGUUUUGCUAUUUCAUCUCGUUUUUCAAGCAUUUCUCGUUCUCAAUUCUUUUACCUCUCUCUCUCUCUCUCUCUCUCUCUCUCUCUCUCUCUCUCUCUCUCUCUGGUUUCCUUCCAUACAUUUCUCUUUCUUUCUACAUUCUCUAUCCUUUAUCCCUUUUCUUUGUCUUUCUUUCUUUCUUUCUUUCUUUCUUUCACAAACUCCCCUUCCCCUCUCUCACUCCGUUUUACUAUUUUUCCUUCUUAGUUUCCUUUCAAUCAUGUAUUCCUUUCUCUUUCUCUAAUAAAGUUCCUUCCACUCAUUUUUACCAUAGAAUCCACUUUGUAUCUUGA